AUGUCCCCAAACUACGCUUCCAGGAUCUGUGGCGAAACUACCGGGAAGGAAAAGGCAGCACUCCCGCCGGAGGAGGAGGAGGAUGGCAAGGCCGUUGAAGGCCUACCUGAGGACUACGAAAGUUGGAGAGGACUAGACCACAACGUGUACGCAAUGAAUGGUCUCAUGAAUGCAUGUUAUUGUUCUCGAGGUGGCGAUAAACUCGUUCGAAUUAUGGUUCACAAAAACGUGGGCCAAAAUGACCUGGAUAUCAUGAGAUCACUAUCAAGGUCUCGGCAUAUCUUUGCUGAGAACAAUCAUAUUUUACCUCUUCUUGACGAGCGUCAUUUUGGCAACAUUGUAUUCGGAGUCUUCCCCUUGCUGAAGGGACCUAAUCUGUCUGGGGCAAUGCAUCGUGGUUCCCUGAAUUCAGCUAACAAUAUAAUGCAUUUGCUCCUCCAAGCUUUUGAGGGCAUUGCGUAUCUGCACAAAACGGCAUUGCCCAUCGAGACCUCUUUCUAA